AACAGAGAAGCGUGUAGGGCUCACAGUCUACACCAGCCCUUCAUCACAAGAAGGUACUUUCUUUUUUACAUAAUUUUUAUUUAUGUUUUUUUAUAAUGAUUUUUUUUCUUAAUUUUUUUCAAACUUCUUGUAUUGUAGCGUGAUUUACAAACUGGGUGUCUUGCUGGGGUUCCAGAGAUUUGGAUGGCGACUAAGUACAUAGACGGGGAAGGUUGGGUGAGCAAGGCAGCAAAGGAUAACUAUGAAAAGAUGAUGGAGAUACGUGACACUCUGCAGUCACAAUCAUCUACGAGCGCUUCUGCUUCGAGUACUAUCCCGAGAGAAGAUGAUGACAUUAUUCUUGUUGAGACGAUCUUUGGACGUCGUCGAGGCUAUCAGCCGGGCCUUGGUCGUAGGAUUCGCACGAGGGCGAAUUGUGAAGCGGCUGAUGUACCUCAACCAGCCCAACCACCUCCUACCGCACAAGACAUGCAAGAGGUGAGGGAGCGACUCCGAGCCAUAGAGGAGCACUUGGCUAGGAUUGGUGGAGUCUCGGGAUCUGGAUCUUCUCAGCAAGGUCAUGGUGUCGAUCCUACAACACCUAGUUAAAAACAUUUAUAUUUAUGUAUUUUAAUUUUA